AUGUCAAAACAAGUGGACCCUGUCAACGCUUCUCAAGGCAGCACCCAACCUUUCACAGACUCCUUUCUCCGAGCGACAGGAGUGGAGCUCGACAUUGAUGAGUCUACCCAGAGUACCGUUCCAUUCUCGGAGUCUUUUCUGGCGAACGCCGUCGCACAGGGCUCAAGACACGAUCUGGAUGGUCGGCCGGGUGGAGCAAACUCGCCUCCAGACUCACAAUGGAGCGAUGAUGGUGCUACGCAGAGACCAGCUUCGGCCAUACCGACCGUCCGUACAGCUUCGCCUACACCGAGCAUUAUUGCUAGCUUGACGAAAAGAACCGAAAGACGUUUUUCAAUCGCCGAUCUCGACGUUCCCGACCACAAGGGCUUCAGGCUUCUCAUCCUCCCAUCUAAGAAGAACGCUUUCCAACCUGAUCCUCACUACCAUAAACUGGAGUGGACUCGAUAUUCCCUUAAGCCAGGAGCCAGAAGAAACUCAACAGCUUGUGUUCAGUGCAUCAUCGUCAACCCUGGGCAGGAGCAGACAACGUACCAAAUUUUCAAACCCUUCAAAUGCACUCUGUACUUCCAUGCCUUUACCGACACGAUCCAUGUCAAGAACACUGACGACCAACCAUUCUGGAUCACGAAGCGGGAAACCUCUGGCGAGAUGUCAUACCAUCAUGAGGUCACACCUGUCACUUCUUUCAAUGCCGAUGUCGGCAUUUGGUCCUUCUCCACGACGCGCCAAGGAUUCGACUUUGAGGUAGCAAUCUAUCCUCGAUGCUGUGAAUUGGUCCUUCCAGAGUCCACCCAUAUGACGACAAGGUCUGGGAAGCGUCUUUGCCGACAGGUGGCGCAGAAGCUUACUAGCCUCUGCGAGGUAGUUGAGGGAAGCACAGUCCAUGUUGAAACUGCUGGACGUGUUGAGUACACGAUCGAGCGUCAGCGUACAGCCGGUACAACGAAAGGCGCGUCUGUGUUCGUUGCACACGUGUCAUUAUUUCGAGGGCAGCUUGUGGUGGUGAAAAGUCUACUUCCACCCUCAUCAUCCAACUUCUGGGACUGGAACUGGCCGAACAUAGCACGGGCAUGGGCACGCGAAUUCCACAUCCUACGGCAACUCAGACAUGCUUUCAUCGUCGAACUUAUGGGGGGUGAUGCCCGAAUCGCCUCGCUCUUCCUAAAACCCAUUGAUGCUCCUGACCUUGCUCGAAAAAAGGAUUGGCGCUACGACGGCCACUGUUGGCGCGACGGCCGCAACUAUUUUCAAGGUGAGCGCCUCGAUGCUCAGCGUAUUUUACGGGACAUGGCGGACGCUCUCAAGUAUCUUCGCGAGCAGAGGGUACUCCACAAUGACAUAAAGCCUGGAAACAUCCUGUACGCACCAGGGGGCCAUGCAACGCUGGUCGACUUCGGCUUGGGUUCAACUGGCUCGUCGUAUCGUGGUGGGGGUGGAAGUCCUUGGUAUACGCCUCCGGAGCUUCUCACCGACGGCCAACGUGGCUUCGAAGGUGAGGUAUGGGCACUCGGGGUGGUCAUGCUCUACGUUCUGGGAGCUUUGCCAAUUCCUGAUUCGUCAGGCGGCUGGAACAUCGGAAACAUCAUACAACAGCACCCUCACGAUGAUGGACGCAGAGCGCGCUCGAAAAUGAGAGGCUGGCUGGAUGUGGUGGAGUCGGAGCGAGAGGCACUUCCUAAACAUUCGCUGGAGGGUAUUGUCGCUCAGAUGCUUGCAGAAUUUCCUGAUGAACGCAUCGGAGCUGAGGAAUUGGUCAAUGAGCUCGAUCGGCUACACCUCUAA